CAAACCUUAACCAAAUCUGUUUAAGUUAACUUUCCAUCGACGCGCCGAUGCCACCAACCCUGGGAAUGUCGAGGAUACUCAGCAUGCAUUUUCUCCGUAGAAAUCGUACGCCAUCCUUGCAGCUCUCGAGAAAUAUCUCUAUUACGUGUCGUGGCAAGCCCAUCGGACACGACGAGCUCUACCGAUAUACGAACGGUCGUUUCCUCAUUGACGAAAAAAGCCAAUGCGAACGACGCUACGUGAAAUUUAAUCUAUACGGACUAUGUGACGUAGCUGCUUCGGUUGGAGGGUCCAACUCCCCGAUCACCGCAAUCGAGAAGAUGGAAGGGGGCUUUAGUAAGGCCCUUUUAAUGAGGAAAGAGGAUGGAACAGAGCUCAUAACGAAGAUACCAUGUCCGAAUGCCGGGCCGGCGUUCUAUACGACAGCGUCUGAAGUGGCGGUCCUACAAUAUGUAAGGCACCAUACAACAGUUCCAGUGCCAAAAGUAUUAGCGUGGAGUUUCGACCCCCACUCAUCGAACCCUGUCGGCUCCGAGUACAUUAUCAUGGAGAAGGCUGCAGGGACUCAGCUCUUUAAAGUAUGGAGUGAUAUGGAUGAGCCAAGUCGAUUAGCUCUCAUUAAACGAUUGACCCAGCUAGAGAGUGAACUAGCAUCCAUCUAUUUUCCUGCCUUUGGAAAUCUAUACCUUCGCCAGUCCGUAGCCGACGAGACUAAGUGCAAACUUCUGGAUUCUAGCAUUGCCCCUUCGAAUGCAUAUUGCAUCGGACCCUCAUGCCACCGAUCGUGGUUAGUUGAGACAAGUACGGGGACUUCUGACCCUGAGUUAGAUAGAGGACCUUGGACUUCCAUAUCUGCAUUUGGGAUCGCGCUCGCGGAACGAGAGAUCUUCCGCAUUUUGCACACGCCACCACCGGAGGGAUCCGUGAUCCGUCAUGGCACAAUCCGAGAACAGAUAUCUCUGCUUGAGAUGACCAUCGAGCUCAUGAAAUCCUUGGAAUCGCAUGUUGUCCUAGCGCGAUACGGGAAGCCAACGCUCUGGCACACCGACUUGCACAUGGGAAAUGUCUUCUUUUCCGACGAGGAUCCCUCGCAGAUUCUAUCGAUUAUCGACUGGCAAUCUAUAUCCGUAUCUCCCCUGUUCUCGCAAACCCGUUGGCCAGAGUUCUUGCAUCCGCCAAAAAGCUACACGAUGGGUUUUGUGAAGCCCGAACUACCGGACGAUUUCGACCGACUGAGUCCCGAGGAUAGGGAUUUGGCAAUGUACGAGUGGAAGCAGGCGACAAGAGCAAAGGCAUACGAAGUGAGUAGCUACCUCAACAACCGGGAGGCUUUUCACGCCAUGAAUACCCCAAGUGUCUUCCGGGAACUCUUCGUUCGGUGCGGGAAAACAUGGGAGGAGGGCAGUGUCCCACUUCGCGCUUGUCUCAUCGAGAUAUUCCAAACAUGGCGAGACUUGGGACUCCCUGACGGCUGUCCCUACACAUUCGUAGAAGACGACAUCAAGGCGCAUGAAGUGGAGUUCAAGGAGUACGAGGAAUGGCACAAAGUGCACGAGUUUGCGAGGGAAUACUUGGACACAGACGCCGACGGGUGGAUCUCGCCAGAAACGGACUUUGGCGAAAAACUCAAGCAGAACAAAGCUCUCUUUGAACUCUUUCUUAAUGAGAGUGCUGGAAAGAGGUCUUCACAAGAGGCCAGGAGGAUGUGGCCGUUCUCAGAGGGUAUAUAAAUGGUCUCGUCAGAAGGUCAAUUGGCCCUCAAGGCUCAGUAUGGUCCGUAUAUUAUGGCAUCCGUCCAACCCAUGCUCACCAAAUACACUGCCAGACCCGCUGGAUGUUCGUAUAUAAGAAUAGCACGCACGCAAGAUUCCGU